AUGGACGACGAUGAUGUGCUCGAGGUCGAUAGCCCCAUGGAGCCCGCCGUCGAUCUUGACGAAGACGAGGAUGAGGAAAUGCCCGUCUUGAACCUCGAUGCCACCACCAGCGCGGACCACAGCCCACACCCCGCCAAGAAGCAGAAAAGCGAGGACAGGAGUCUCCAGCUCGAAUACCCCAACAGCCUGCCAUACACAAGCGAGACGCUGGAAGAGUUUGACGCUCGUCUAGAUCACAUCAUCCGUCGUCUCGUCGACUGUGUGCGUGCCAAGGACUACGACAUUGGCCUUGUUCAGUGGAACCACCGGCUGCAAUGUCUCUUGUCGCUCAAGUACCCCGUCCUGCGAAAGACAAGGGCAAGGCUGGCACGUCUCUACUACGAGCUCGCUGUAUUGCCUGGCCUCAACACUCGCUGCAUCGAGCUGGCGGCAAACAUGUGCAUGACACUUAUCGAGAACAAGAAAAAGUGCGACAUCAAGGACCUCGUUCUGCCGUGGCGGCCGCUCUACAACAUCCUCGAAAAGGAGCUCUUCCCCAAACGUCGCAGGACUGGCCUCACCAAUAUUGCUGAAGUCCUCCUCGAUCUUGCAGAGACAGCGCAGCGAUUCUUCCCCGCCAGCGAGGCAGACGACAUGCUGCGCACCUUUUUGCCCAAGAUGGACGGCUCCAAUCUCAACUCCGUCAUCGCCACCCAGGCUUUUCUCGUCCACUUCUUGCCGAUUAGUCACCCGCAACGAUGGCUUCCCACCAUGUUUCGCCUGUGGGAGAGCUUCAACUCGUCGCUCUUCGACGAUCAGAUGCUCGACCUGCUAGCCCGCCUCGCCGAGAUGCACGUGACCGAUCCAUCGAUCAGCUCAGCUUCCUCUGCUCGAAAGGCAGGUGCGCUAGCCGAGGCGACAUUGCGGCCAGAGGUACAGACUUCCGAAGCUACUGGUCCCAGAGGAGACAGCGACGAGCAAAACAAAGAGGACGAGCAAACACAACCGGCGGAAAACAGCGACUCGGCACCGUCGUCAGGCACACAAAGCCCGUCAGGGAAGCUCGGCCUCUUCAGCGACAUUGGCAUCUUUACCGAGCAGCAAUACUCGCUCAUCAUGACCAAGUGCCUAAAGUCGGCCGGUCUCCCCGUAGGCUCCUCCAAGGCAGCCAAUGCUGCGCUCAUGGCUCAAUCUGCCAGCGUCCGAAGCGGUCCCGAUGCUGCAGCGUCUGGGUCCACUCUCAAGAUGAAAAAGCCCACCGAUCGUCUCCAUUCUUUUGCUGUCAUCAUUGCGUAUUCGAUCUCAAAGGACGGUCUGAGUGUCAGCGAGUCAGCGGCAACCUCGUUCGCUCCCACUCCCACAAACGGCUCUUCGCCAAGCAAGCCGGUUGCCACGUAUCCUGCAGGAUCUAAGGCGCUGGAUCACCUCGCCAAACUCGUCCAAGCUACCGAGAGCUACUUCCACCCUUCCAACUGGGGGAUGUGGCAGAUAUCGCUUUCUAAUCUGGUACAACAGAUCAUGUUUGAAUUUCUCAAGCGUGCCAAGGAGGAGGAACGUCCGCAAUGCAAGACACCACAGCAGUACCGCCUCACAAACGAGAUGAAGACCGAGAUCGUCUCGAUUCUUCGUACAGUCUGCCUGCUGUCCAUGUUCUCCAAGGACCCGCUCACCAUCGCGGCCUCGCAAGCGGGCCUGAAGCGCAUGGCCAUCUUGGCACCUGAGAUGGUGUUUCCGGCCGUGCUGGACCGAGCCUUCAACUCGCUUGAGGCGCUCGAGACCACGCACCGUACCAAUGCCGUCAUCACAGCGCUAUCGACGCUCUCGCCCGUGUUCACCUCUCGUCAACUCUACCGUGCUGGUGGCAAGCAUCUGGUUCCGCUCUUGCAGCUCUGCAUUCCCGGAAUCGACCUCAACGAUCCCAUGAAGACCAUGAGCACCUGCAUGUUUGUGCUCCUGUCGACGCUCUCGAUUCGCAUCGAUGAUUUGACCCGGCCAGAAGCGUAUGCAGACGACGAAGAUACAUUCGAGGCGAUUCCAGAUCUACCAACGUUGAAAGUGGACGCACCUGUUCCCUCGGCGUCCGCGGAGGAUGAAGGCAUCUCGGUGUCUCCCGAACAGGAAGAUUACCAGCUACGUAUCAGUACGGCUGAUUUUCAGGCUUGGGCAUCGGCCUUCUUUCAGCGAGUGCUAUCGCUGUUCGAGACUCUACCCGAGGAGGGCAAGGGCGGCCGCACAGGUGGAAAGUCGGAGGAGCAAGUCAUCAACAUGGUCACGGCCGCUUCCGACGGUGUGUGCCGCGCCAUGAGUCCGUACCUGCUGCAGAGGUCGUUUGACAAGAUCGCAACUUACUGUGCCACUACCGUCUCGGCCACGUCGGUGCGCGUCAUCGGCUCGCUGGUCGGCUGCUUUGCCCGUGCGGACAGUAAGAUGGUGCUCGAGAGGCUCCUGCCGCAGUGCAUCUCCAACAUCCGCGCGGAGCUUGCUAACGGAGCCAGCUCGACUCGAACCACCAGCACCAGUUUGCCGGCGCCCAGCGACGCCGCUUUGCACUGGAACCUCAGCGUGUUGACGGGCGCCUUGAACGGCCCUAGCGAGCACCUGCUUGACUACAAGGACGACUUGAUCUCAAUUCUGCAGCUCAUCACCGAAAGUUGCAAGAGCGAACGGGGCUACUCGUUCGGUGCCAAACUGGUGCAGAAGGUCAUCUCUACCCUGACAUCUAUCUACCCGAGCGAGCAGAGAUUCGUCAACCAAGAGACGUGGGAGAGCGAAGCGUUUGCCAAGCGCUCGCAUCUGUUCUGGGGCAAGAUGUACGAAGAGAAAGCCAUCAAGAUCAACUGGCACGUGCCUUCAGAGGAUGAGAUCAGCAUGGCGCUCGAAUUGCUCGACCGCAUCGUAGUGCCUGCCUUGGACAGGGUGGAGGCACUUCAGGCGGAAGGUCUUACGAGGGACAAGGCCUGGUCGAACGACUUUUGUCGCUACCUCAUGGUCGUGCGGAUGGGGCUCAUCGGUAUGCCCAACCUGAUCGAAGAGGACGAGGUGGGAGGCGGACAACCAGCUAUGGACCUGGGCGACGAGGUGCCCGAGUUUGUCGAGGUUCCUCCGCGCUUUCGUUCGCACUUUUGCUUGGUCGACCGCCAGGAUGCGCGAUACCAGAAAGUGGCUGCAUUCAAGCUGCGGUGCGGACAAAUUUUGAACCUUGCCGCUCGGAGCACGCAACAUUCAGGCGCCGAGGACCAGAUCGACUGCGUCAAGAUGCUCGUGCGAUCGAUCCGCACCUACCUCACCUGCUACAGCUACAACGGAGAGGACUACAAGGCUCACAUGCGCUCACUCAGCUUCUUCCGCAACAUUGCCAAGUUGUAUGCCAAGCAGAAGGCAUUCCCUCGUGUUCUCUUUAUUCGUCGUGCCGCCUUCUACAACACCAGCCGCGCGAGGCUCAACAGUUUCCACCGAAAGCGGACUCCCCUGAAGGACAGCCUAAUCCUGCAGAUCCUCGAGUUCUGCAUGUCCAACUACGUCGGCAUCCGACAGACGGCGCAGAACACGCUCGAUGCCAUCGGCGGCGUGUACGACGGCACAUGGAUUCUUUGUUUGCCCAAGCUGAUCGAGGCGGUUCAGCCUGGCGUAGCGGACGACCGCAUGAAAGGCGCCUUGUACGUGCUGGGCAGCAAAGGCGCUUCGUAUCUCUGCAUCACCGAUGCCCGCUUCAGCACCGAGUACAUCAUGAGUCUUUUGAACGCCCAGCACCACUCAAAGCCGUCGAUUCAGAAGUUGGUUCGCGGCAUCAUCAACGACUUUAUCGUUCGCUUUGCCGAGCCCUCGACGCUGACGGCCAAAGUCGACUCGCCCGCUCUCAACGAAGCGGCAGACAUUCUGGAGCGGGCUCUGCCUGCUGAUCUGCAGAAGGCGGACGUAGAGCUCGUCGAGGCUGUGGCGGCCAAGCGACGUCUUCGUCUCGAGAGGGUGGACCAGUUGCACCAGGAGCUCUCGGGCAGAGCCUUGGACUUUGCUCAAAAGGAUACCACUCAUUGGGCCUUUUCCAUCUUUGCGGCACGCCUGUUGAGGGCGCUGGUACGUAAGGAUCGACCACUUGGCGACGGAUCUGCGACGUACCUUGCCGAGCAGAUGAUCUCGGAAAAUCCCAAGAUGCGCUAUUGCGCACAGGCCGCUGUCACUAAGAUUCUCUACUACAUCAAGCUGCGUACGCUCGCCCCGACAGACGAGGAUCUGCUGCUUGGCCAGGGCAAGAAUCCGCUCAAGCAUUCCGAGAAGCUGCCGACGCCCGUAUCGAGCGAGUGGACCAAGCAGUACAUCGCGUCGUUUGCCGAGCCGCUGACGCCAACGAGCAAGCUGCGGGACAAGCCAUCCCAGGGCUGGUUGGUGUGGGGUGAAGAAGAGGACUUUUACGAUCCGCCGCCUGCCGAUGGCGUUGUGUUUGACUGGGAUGCCAACUCGCAAGCUGCCAUCGCUGCUGUGCGUGCCAAACUCACGCAAGAAAGUUGGUGGCAAUCGUUCUGCCGUCACCUCUCGCAGGAGAAGGACCGAGACUACCCCGGCAACGAUUCGGUCACUCUGCUCAAGUCGAUCUUCCAGAUCUUUGGCGUCGAGCUGCUUCCGUUCAUCCAAUCGACGACGGAACAGUUUAUCGCGGAGAAGGAUCGGCACCGGCAUCGAGCUGCCUCCGAGCUCGUCUGCGGUGUCUUCCGCGGCUCGAAGCAUUGGAACAUGAAGGACCAGGCGACGUUGUGGACCUGGCUCGAGUCUCUGCUGCCCAAGAUCUUUGAGGGCUGCACGCCAGACAGCCAGCCCGCUUGGCAGUCGUGCAUCGAAUACAUGCUGGCGGCGCGUGAUCCACGCCGUGCGCUUCCGCUUGUUCGCUACAUUGUUCAGGCGGCGCGCGACAACAUCGGCAAGGACAACACGACGGCCAGUCCUUGGGAGCAGGCCAAGGCGCAGAAUCUGCUGCGUGGAGCGAUGAUCUCAAUGAAUCUGCAGUUUGCACCGUUUGGAGCCGACGAUUUCAUUCGCAUCUACUCGGAGAACUUUGACAACCACUUCCAAGAGGUGAGAAGCGUCAUCAGCGAGGGCUUGGCUGACUUGGAUCUGCUGCAGGUCAACCCGUCGUUUGGCAGUGUCGAGCUGAUGCUGGAUGCUUGCAGCACGGGGCAGGGGUCGUUGUUGUCGCGACCGGAGCUGUACAGUGGACGACUGCAGGUGCUGUCGCAGCAGUUGGCCAAGUGGCGAACGGAGAGGAAGCCGACGGCCGAGGGCACGUCUCAGUACGAUCGCGCGGCCAUGACGGCGCUGCUGUGGAUCUCGACUACGAUGGGCGACCAUCGAAACAGCGCGUUGGCGGGUGAGGUGAUUCAGUACAUUCCGGACAUCUUUGCGAUGCUCGAGCUGCACGACAACAAGGAGCUGUCGAUGCUCGCACGCGCCGUGCUGACCAAGGUCUCGACGUAUCCGUUCACGUCGGAGUACGCGGGCAAGCUGAUCGAUACGCUGCUGCACGUCACGCGAUCCUCGACCGAUUCGUGGCGCGCACGUCUCGACUCGCUGCCCGUCCUGCAAGUCAUGUACUUUCAGAACCUGUUCUACCUCGAUGAGAAGCUGGUGCACUCGAUCGUCGAGCUGCUACUAGAGUUGGUUAGCGACAAGCAUCUCGAAGUGCGCGAGAUGGCCGCGACGACGCUGUCGGGCAUCGUGCGCUGCUCGCAACGCCGACUGAUCAAGACGCUCAAGAACCGCUUUACCAAAGUGGUCACGACGACGCUGGUGCCGCGCCGCGGCGAGGCAGAGUACGACCAGCAGCUGCUCAAGCUGCAUUCGGGCAUCCUGGGUGCUUCGGCCCUGUUGGCCGCCUUCCCCUACGACGUGCCCGACUGGAUGCCGAGCCUGAUCGUCGAGACCGUCGCCCAGCACACGGACGACCCGGUGCCCAUCUCGACCACAGUGCGAAAGUGCGCAGCUGACUUCAAGCGCACACACCAAGACACGUGGUCCGAGGACCAGCACAAGUUCGGCGAUCUGCUCGCCGAGGUCAACGACUUUACCCUCGGCAGGUCCGACUACUUUGCCUGA